AUGCAUACACGUCAACUACGAAUUUUUUGCUUCCUAUUUGCGGUUGUUCUACUACCACUUUCACACGGUAUUGGGGUCCUAGUACCGCCAUUGAAGAAAAACCAAAUACCUUCGCUAGACAAUCUCCAACAGUGUAUUUCCUACGAGCUUGGAGCAAAAGAUGUGCUCUUUCUCACUAUAAAGUCAAUUGAACAUUUGCCGUCGCAAGACUUGAAUUUGCUAGUUUUAGACAACCUUGGCAACAAAUUGAGAGACCAACAGAAAUUGGAAAGAUUCUCCGACCCUAUCGAGCUCAUUAUCAAUCCACAAGGUGUCACUUAUGAAGGCGAUGCUUCUCUGGCUGCGAAAUUACAAGAUCGUGAUUUGGACCCAACCAAAUUUGUACAUAUUUGCUUCUACAACACAUUUCAUGACUUAUCAUGGAGCUUCAAACCAAGGACAUUUGAGUUGGAAAUGUCAGUGAAUAUCAAAGACGACAUCAAGAAAACCGAUUAUCAAAUGUAUAGGCAAUUCUUUGCAUAUCUCGACGGGGUCCUCACUGAAGGUGAAUUUGACAACAAGAUGAAUAUGGUGUCCCUUGACCUUAAUAAUAUCAUCGACAAACUACACAGCUCCAAUGACGUGGUGAAGGAACUCUUGGAUCAGGAGUUCAAGUUGAGAGAUACCAACGAAGAGAUUUUCAGUGGAUAUACAUUUAUCAGCAUUGUGCUUUGCGCAACGAUAUUUGUUUGCGGGGUUAUACAGCUAUUGUGGUUCAAACUAUACCUCGGGAGAGUCGUCAAGUGA